UCCGUUUUCCUCCUGUCGUUACACACACCACCUGAGAAAAGCGACACCAGCUCGCUUCCCAUAUAUACCAGCCCAAAAAUGGCAAACCUGCCAUUACUGAGCUUACUAUUUCUAUUGUUUGAGCCUCGUCAUUCACUUUCUCUCUCUGUAGACAUGGGGGUGGAGGCUCCAAAGUCAUUUCAUGAGGCAGGAAACCUCCCUCUCUCUAUCUACCUUCUCCGUGAUUUCAAAACCUUCAUUUUUGUCAUCAUGACCCACCUUUUUUUUAUCUGAAUCUCUUUAGGGGCAAGAGCGGGGUGAGUCUUGUCCCUGGCCCAGGCCUUGUCCCUGUAUGGCCUGCUCAGGACCCUGUUAGGGAUAGGGCCUGGGCCUGGGCCGUGCUGAAAAAACAAAUAGAGAAAAAAUAAAAGAAAGAAAAAAAGGCCAAGCCAGGCCGAAUAGGGCUGACAGGGCCCUAAGCCAGCCCUCGGGCCAUAGUUUGUGGCCUCUGCCUUACAUUUUAGCGCUGGGCGGCCAGGCCUAUUACUCUUGCUUCCGUGCUGCCUUCAAAAGUUUCAUCAUGGAUCUCUCUCUCAUGCUUCCUGUCAAAUGCGUUUCUUAUUUUUGGAAUUGUAGCAGGAAGGUAUCCAGGACGAACGGUUGUAAACGAAGUGGCAGAGAGAUUGGCCUUCUUUUCAAUUGCAGUGAGCAUGGUGUCCUACUUGGUGUUCGAGAUGCACGAGUCAAUACCAACAGCAGCUACACUCGUCAAUGACUGGGUCGGUGCGGCCUACGUGUUGACCCUUCUCGGAGCAUUUCUGUCAGAUGCAUACCUAGGCCGCUUCUUGACCGUCAUUCUCUUCUCUUGUAUCUAUGCUGUAGGAAUGGUAAUGUUGACCCUAUCAGCAUCUCUAAGUGGACUUCGCCCUCCGGCAUGUGCAGGCCUUGGGCCCGGUUGUGACCCCCCAACCAGUGCUCAAAGUGGGUUCCUAUAUGCUGCACUAGGGCUCAUAGCACUAGGUACGGGAGGGAUCAAGCCAUGUGUUUCAUCAUUUGGGGCAGACCAAUUCGAUGAGAAUGAUAAGUCGGAGAUGACAAGGAAAUACUCCUUUUUCAAUUGGUUCUUCUUUGCCAUCAACAUGGGCGCACUAAUGGGAAUAACAGUCAUGGUCUAUGUUCAAGUUACGAAAGGCUGGGUUUUUGGCUUCGCCGUGCCCACUGCUCUUGUCGUGCUAUCUGUUGUGACCCUGGCCUUGGGUGCACCACUAUAUAGGUUCCAGAAGCCCACAGGGAGUGCUUUCAGUCGCUUCUUGCAAGUCUUGGUAGCCUCUGUGAGGAACCACCUGCGUGGCAUCGUCAUUAAGGAGGAUACCAUCUUGUAUGAGGUGGAGACACCGGUUUCUGCUAUACCUGGUGUUCAGAAGCUCCCACACACAAGACAAUACAGGUUCUUGGACAAGGCUGCAGUGUCAAGGUCAGGAGAAGAGCAAAGGAGGAGCAGCAACAAAUGGAACCUAUGCACAGUGACCCAAGUAGAGGAGCUCAAGUCACUAGUGAGAGUCCUCCCUAUCUGGGCCUCCACCAUCGCCCUUUCCCUCUCCUUCUCGCAACUCUCCACCUUCUUCAUUGUGCAGGGCCGAACCAUGGACCGUAGCCUUCCAAAUUCUAGUCUUAUCAUCCCUCCAGGCUCAGUCCCAAUAUUCUCAUCCGCCAACGCCAUAAUCCUAGUGCCACUCUACGAGGGAGUUGUUGUGCCCUUCCUGCGAAAGCGCACAGGCCACAAACGCGGAAUCACAUCCCUGCAGCGCAUGGGCGUGGGCCUCUUUCUCUCCAUAUUUGCACUAUUGUCAGCUGCAGUAAUCGAGAAGAAGCGUGUACAGAAUGCAAUCGAGGAGGGGAUAGUGGACAGCAGGUUGAAGACUUCGACCAUGAGCGUAUUCUGGUUGCUGCCACAGUUUUUCCUCUUAGGGAGCGCCGAGGUGUUCACAUACGUGGGGCAGCUCGAGUUCUUCUAUGAUGAGGCCACCGAUGGCACCCGUAGCCUCAGUAGCGCUCUGUUCUUGAGUGAGUUCGGCAUUGGAAGCUGGCUUAGCACAGCGCUCGUGACUAUAAUCCAGAGGUGUACUGGAGGGGAGAAAAGUGGGUGGUUUAGGAACAACCUGAAUGCAAGCAGGCUGGAUCUCUUCUACUGGGUGUUGGCUGGCAUCAAUGUGGUGAAUUUUGUAGUCUAUGUUGUUGUGGCUUUGCGGUACAAGGGGACCAAUGUUGAUAGUAGUAGAAGCGUGGUAGAUGAGAGUAUUAUGUUUCCCAAAGAAAGCAAAGUGAAGGAUGAGGAUGAAAAGGAAAUGAAAGCAGUAAUCUGAUUACUUACCCAAAAAAAAAUAGCUAUAAUCUGAUUCAAUUAAUUUUUUGAAUGCAAGCCAUGAUUUUGUUGAA